AUGACUGUGAGGACACACACUGCUUCAACCACGUCCCCUGCUGGAGUCACUGAGAGGCCUCUGACUUGUGGAUUAUUUGUGGAAAUGUCAAAACCUCGGACCUCCUUCCUCAUUGAGGACAUCCUCUCCAUUAAGGAGAGCUCAAGAUUGAAUGGAAAAUGCUGUCCAGAGAAGAAGGAAAGAUGUUCAGAGUGGAGAGAAGGAUCUGAAAAGUUGCAAGAGCAACUCUGCCCUGAGGAGACAGAGUUUGGAGUGCAGACAGGUGAGCUUCUGCAGGCUUUCUAUUCAGACACUUCUGAGUCCAGCACCUCAGAGUCCAGCAGUUUGUCCUCCACGGGGAAACAGAAGCGCUCCAGAGCUGCAUUUACACACCACCAAGUUCUUGAACUGGAGAAGAAAUUCAACCACCAGAAAUACCUGUCCGCCCCAGAGCGGUCUCUCCUGGCCAGCACCUUAAGACUUACCGAGACGCAGGUGAAAAUCUGGUUCCAGAACCGGAGGUACAAGACGAAACGAAAGCAGCAAACAUCAGAGUACUGUAAGGACGCAUACAGAGCCGAGGGACUGGGCCUGAGAGACGAGCUGGUCCAGUCAUCACUAAUCAGCUCCUUCUGCAAAGCUUACCAGUACAGACCCUACCUGUGGGACUAUGGUAGCCCCUGGGGGCCAACGUUAUGGUGA